AUGUCCGAAGAUGACCGCGCAGCAAAGGCUGCCCGGGCGAAGGCCAUGCUCAAGAAGAGGCAGAAGAAAGCAGUUGGCGGCAAGGAGAGCGGGCAGCUUGCCAGCCCGCCGCCCUCGAGGUCGCUCACGCCUGCGCUGCCCGGGGUAGGGGGUGUACCCAGUGGUGCUGGAGGCGCUGCGGACGAGGAGAAGACGGAUUUUGGAGACGUGUUCACGCCUUCAGACGGAGACGCCAACUGGAUCUCGUCAUUGCCCCGGGCAGAGGUGCCCUCGCGCACGGCUUCGCCUGCUGUACCACCAGCAAUAGUCAGCCCGACGCCUGUCAAGUCGCCGCUCUCGUCUCAGCCUCUAAAUGGAGUGCACGGCGAGGAGAAGCAGGAGUCUCCGAGUGAGAGGGCGGACGAUGGAGCGCUGCAGAAUGCGUUGGCUCAACUUAAGUCUACCCAAGCUACUAUCGAUUCUGAGCGUUCACGGACACAAGAACUACAAGGACGCGUCGAGGAGCUCACACAAGAAAGUGAGCAGGUUAGGCAACGAUGGGAAGAACAGGAGCGUGAGGCCACCUCACAUUGGGAGAAGCAAAGUCAGGAUCUGCAGAACGCCAUCAACCUGCUGGUAUCGGAGAAGGCGACUCUCACUGCUUCGCUCGAACACAUGGAAGAACUUGAGUCAGACCAGAGGGAGAAAGAGUCGCUGUUGCAAGAAGAGCGCGAGAAGAGCCAGUCGCUCGAGAAACGCCUUCAAGCGCUUGAGACAAACUCGCUACAGCUUUCCGAAGACUUGAAACAGUCCUCGGCUCGCGAACAGGAGUUAAGUGACAAAUACCGUGAACUCGAACGCGAGCAUCAACUCUUGUCAGCCAACCUGGAUGAAACUCAAACGUCUUCAGAACGGUAUCAGCGACGGGUGAAGGAGCUGGAGGAGCAGAUUGAGUCUGACGACCGCGCUGAGAAGCUCGAGAUUUCGUUGAAGAAUACUCAGAAUCGCGCAGAUGAGCUGGAGUUCCAAUUCUCGAAACUCAAGCAGACUCAUUCAAGUGUCAAGAAUGAGAAGGAAGCACUCGAGAAGCAGAUUCGCGAACACACUGGGAACGCUGAUUCAUGGAAAUCCAAACAUUCCGAGCUGGAGAAGACAUAUUCUUCCGUCAGCGAGGAGUUGAAGUCCAUCAAGCGAGAGCGAGAAGAACUUCUCGAGGAGAAAUCUAGCCUACAAUCCCAAGUUGACUUUAACCGGAACGUCGUCAAGCAGCUUCAGCAAAAGAUCUCUGACGUGUCUAGUGAGCUUGCUGCGAGCGAUCGUACACUACAGUCGACGCAGACCGAGUUGCGUAUUUCAACUCGACGUGCGGAGGAUGCGGAGCGCGUACAGAAGGAUCUGCAAUCGGAGGGCUCAGGUCUCAUGCGUUCACUCGAAGAGAUGCGCACAAAGACAGUAGACCUCACUUCGGAGAAGCUGCAGCUCACGGACCGGCUGCUCGCUCUUGAAAAGGGGCAGCGGGAACGCGACGAUAUCAUCGCUCAGCUCGAGGAGUCGCUCUCCGAAGAAUCCCGCACCGGUUCCGAAGUUGCGCGCUUGCUCGAAGAGACCCGCUCGCGGGGGGAGAAGGAGAAGAUGUCGUCUGCCGCGUCGCUGAACGACCUGCAGCGCGCGUACGGCGAGAUCCAAGACGAACUCGAGGCGGCGCGGGACGCUGCGCGCGCAUUCGAGACGGAGCGGCAGAGUCUCCGCCAGGUCGAGGCGCGGAGCACGCAGGCGAUCGAGCGGCUCAAGGCGGACCUCAGCCAGGCGCAGGCGGACUUUAUGGACGCCUCGCGCGAGGUGGAGAAGUACCGCAGGGUGCACGACGACCAGCGCGAGUUUAUCGAGCGCAUACAGGUCGAGAUGGAGUCGCUCAAGGCCGAUCUGGCGGCCAAAGACGAGGAGCUCUCGCACGCCGCAUCCUCGUUCGCCGACGAGGUCGACGACCCUAAUUCGGGCCCGGGUUCAGGCUCGGGCGGCGCGCACGGCAAAGAACACGGGCGCUCGAACUCGCUCGACAAGGAGCUGCUCGGCUCGCUGAGGCAGCAGCACGCGCUGGACAUGUCCAACGCACACUCGACGAUCCGCGCGCUCGAGACGGCCGUGUUCGACGCGCAGGCCAAGGCGCACAAUCUGCAAAAGACCGUCACCUCGCUCGAAGACCAGCUCACGCAGCUCCGCACCGCCGCCGCCACCGCGUCGUCGUCAUCGCGGACACCGCGCCCCUUCUCCCCCGGCGGAACCAGCUCGGGCUCCGCGCCCUCGCGCCCAUCGAGCCGCGCGAUCGAGGCGGGCAGACGGCCGGGCGCGCACCGCUCGAGCGCGAGCAGCUUCGGCGUGAGUACGUCGCCGCGGACGGUGUUCGACGUGGGCCUGUCGCCCGAGACGCGGCACAAGCGGCAGGUGAGCCUGAGCAUGCUCAAGGCGCGCAUCGAGAGCGAGGCGGCCGCGCGCCCGCCGCUGUCGGCGUCGUCGUCGCUGGCGUCGAUACCCGAGCCCGCGACGGAGAAGGGGGAGCACCAGCACGCGCACCAGCACGCGCGCAGGGCGCAGUUCAUGGACGAGUCGCAUGUGUUCUGGUGUAAUUCGUGUAGUGGGGAUCUGGUUAUUCUCUGA